AUGGAUCAUGAGGACAAUAUGGUGGGCCGUGUUUUGCACGAGGUGAAGUAUCCUCGCCUUAUCUUCGCGAAAGAAAGAAAGUGCCGUUUUCACAAUCUUCGGAACGGGCCUUUUACGGGACCUGUGAGUAAUCUGUCUGUAAUGGUUCACCACAUUAAAGAGGAGGAGUACGGCAAGCUCAUGCACCGUUUUGGGAUGGUAGCAAAUGCCUCUGCAAAGUUGUACAAACGGGUGGGAAAUGUCAUUGAGUUUGGUUGCUGA